GGCGCUACCGUCAUUCCUAGGCAAAAUUUACUCGAAACUCGUGCAGAUGCAUAGCUGCAUUUUCUUUAUAUUUAUUCCUGUUACAUUCAACGAUUGUGAUAUUUGUGGUGCUAUUGAAAAUUAAGAAUCUUUUUGAAUAUCGCUCCUCCCGGGAUGAUGCGUGAGUGCGAUAUACUGACAAUUCGCUCUUUACCAACACAAUUGGAUUUAUGAGGAUUCGUAGGAGCUAAACGAUAUAUAGUAAUAUUCGACAUGCAACCCCUGUGUCCAGGUCAUCCCGAAACAUUGAAAAUGCCAUCGGCGUCGCAGAUAUCAAAGGCAGGCUGGUAGAAUGGCAGAGGACGAGAGGCAAAUUAGAGCGGCAGCUGAGACACUGUUGACCGGUUCUCUCAACUCCCAGAGGAGCUCGUACACUCAGCAAAGUAUAACUCGAACCCCGGAUAUCAUUCUUAGCGAGGAUCUUAUCGCGGGCGCAAUGCAAAACGGGAGGAUGUCGAACGUCAGACGUUUCUUUUGCCUCUUCGUCACCUUCGACAUUCUGCUCACAUUUCUUAUGUGGCUGAUUUGCACGAUGAUCGCUGGCGAGAGCUUGGAAUCGGCUUUCAUGAACCAAGUAGUCCACUAUCACAUAAAGACUUCUUUGUUCGAUAUAGUGAUGGCAGCGAUUUGCAGGUUCACGGUGUUGUUGCUCUUCUACGCGUUGCUUCGUUUGGACCAUUGGGUCAUCGUAGCUUUGACGACUGCCACGACCUGUGCCUUCUUAAUCGCUAAAGUAUUUCUUUUCGAUUGGUCAACAUGCAGUCAACCAGUAUUUCAAGUUCUUCUUAUCCUUACGUCCUUCGUAUUGCCUUGGGUGGAAGCUUGGUUCUUCGACAUUCGCGUGUUACCUCAAGAAACGCAUGCUAGAAAUUGGCUUAGGCAUUUCGCUAAUAGCGAAAGAGAACCGCUUUUACGAGGCGUCACGUCGGAGACACGCCAGUAUACAAGCAUCGAACCACCUACGGGAACAUUUUUCACCCCUAUGGAUUCACCGGAUCACUCUGAUCACGAGGACGAAAGUUCAAGAAGACCAGGAAGCGCGAGAGCGAACGAAGCAUUCGGUUCGAAGCCUUUGCCGAGACUCACACCAGAAAUGGUAGAGGACUACAAGAGGAAAGCCAACGUGUUGGUACAGAAUUGUCAUGAUUUAUUACUGUCUACAGAUUGGCAGAUCGAAAGUAUAUUGUCGAACGGUGAUAUUAUAUUUUAUAUGCACCAUCCUAAAAUAGAUGGGAAAAUUUUUAAAAUAGUAGGACUUGUAGAGGCUCCUGCUAGUGUACUUGCCGAUCAAUUAUUCAACGACAUUGAAUCGUUACCGACGUGGAAUAAACUUGUUGUUGAAUCGAAAAAAUUACUGCAUAUAGACGAGGAUACGGAUAUUAUUUACCAAGCAACGGGUCCUCAAGGCGGAGGUACUAUUAGCGCUCGGGAUUUCGUUAUUUUAAGACAUCGUACACAGUACGGUAAUUAUUAUAUUAGCAGUGGUACAUCGGUGCCUUUCCCCGUACAACAUCGUAAUAAAUAUGUUAGAGCCGAAAACAAUAUAAGUUGUUGGGCGGCGGAAGAGCUGCUUGGCCAAGCAAAUAGUUGCCGAUUCACGUGGAUUAUUAAUACAAAUUUAAAAGGCUGGAUUCCACAGAAACUCGUAGACAAAUCGAUGUCUGCUGCAUUGGUAGAUUUCAUAUCUUAUGUAAGGAAUUAUGUGGACGAAAUGCAAAAGACUUUUGCUUAGGUGUAACAUUUGUUUCGGUGAAACGAACCACGGUCUUUCAUAAUCAUCCCUAUGUAUUUGUGCAAUCAAGAACAAUUUCAAUCUUUUAUAAUGAUUCGAGAGAAAUGCAAUACCAAAUACAAAAUCAUGACAUGGUGUCUCUGUAAUGUUUUUCAUGUGUUAUGUAUUUAGACUAAAUUGAAUGACAAAUGUAGAAAAAGUCUGUACAUGUUUCUUGUUGAAGAGUUUACAGACUCGCGGAACGAUGGAAAAAGACUUUUUUUACACACUUUGUACUUCAUAAACAGAAAUUCAUCGAGGUUCGAAACACGUACUAUUGUUAAGAAAGAUAUAUUUUAAACUGACAGAAGCAUUUUAAGUUGGUGAAACAACGUGGAAGAGAAUCAUGUUUUGCAAUCACCUUACGAUAGGAUAUGAUAUAAAUUUUGUAUCGUUUCUUUAUAAAUCAUUCCUGAGUAAUUUUAUUUUAAUAAAACCACAACAGAUGUUUCUAUUGCGUAUUGAUGAUAAUUGUGGCAUUUAAAUGUUUUAUUAUUCUAUGUAGCUUUGCAGUAUGUGGAUUCUCUUAUCAUUGUUCCUAAUAUAAAAAACUGUUUAUCUUCAAAUGUAAAAUGACAGGAAAAAAAUGAUAUUUAUUAUACAAAUAUGUUUUCUAACAUAUCUAUUUAGUUAAUUAUCCCGAAUUUACAGAACUUCCAUUUAGCUAUAGAUAUCUCAAUGUGCAUAAGUGUUUCGUGCUUAACACAAAUUGUUAUUUCACAUGUUCCACCAAAUUUAAUUAUUGUCUUCGUAAUGUUUCAUUAUUAUAUGUACAAAGUAAACAGUUAUGUUGGGAGAAAAGUACCAAAUAAUUUUAAAAAAAGAUGUCAUGCAAAACGAAUAGAUAAUUAUAUAAAUAAUUUAAUACAAAGAAUGUAUAAAACAUCAUUUUUUGUGCUUGUUAGUAUUUUAAGCUUUAUUUGAUCAAAAAUGUUUUUUUUUAAUACGUUUCACAUAUGCAAAAGUAAUCUAUAUAAUAUUUAAGAGUAAUAUUUUUUCUGUUUAUUUAAUAUAUAUUGGAAUAAUUUGAUAAAAUUGUAAUUUCUGUUUCAAGCCAAUACUACCUGGUAUAUUCAUUAUAUCUACUUUCAUUCCUGCGUUAUAUUUCUUUGCACGUACAUAUUACUACAUGAUUCACUAGUCACGUUUUAUAUUUUUGUUCGUUAGUAGAUUCAUUUAAAUAAAAUUAGUAAUGUAAUUAAUUUUUAAAUUUAUAGAAGGUGCGAGUGAAUUGCGACUUUGAACGGACAACGAUAAAAUUAAUGAUGUACCUAUUGAAAAUCGAUUAUAAUGUACUUAAUUUUCUAAAAUUGGCCUAAAUAAACACGAUUGCUUGUAAA